AUGUCUAACGAAGCGGAGAUAAAAAGCAAUCCCAGCAAUCCCACUCUUCCUACUUCCGUCACCUCACCUAUUCCUUCCUCCCUGAAAAGCUUCAUGGAUAUAACAUCGCUUAUCGAGACUGGUUCGUACAAGAAGGAGGUUCGCCAUAUAGCUCGUGCUGUUCGUCUUACUAAUGGCUUGAAGAAGAAGCUGGCAGAGCCUUACUUGCUCUCUGCACUGCUGGAUUUUGCUCUUUCCCCCGGUUCUGAGCUACACACCCAACUAUCUGCAUUUCUUAAUUAUCGGGAAGAUGGGCAUGGAAUGGAAGCUGAUUCUGCAAUAUCUGCUCCGGCUAAAAGCAUUUUGCCGGAGCUUGAGAUUUACUGUUACUUGCUUAUGCUGCUAUAUCUGAUUGAUCAGAAUAGACACAAUGAGGCUAAAGUUUUCUCCUCGGCUGCCGUUUUUCGAGUGAGGAAACUUAGCAGUGGAACUGUUGAAACUGCUGGUGUUCUAGCAUCCAGUGUGUACUUUUAUUACUCGUAUAUCUAUGAAGUCUUAGAUGAUCUUGCCGAAAUUCGUGGGAAUCUCCUUAACUUGCAUACCUUUGCCACUUUGCACCAUGAUGAGCUGUGUCAGGAAACACUUCUCAAUCUGUUGCUUCGUAAUUACCUGCACUACAACCUAUAUCACCAGGCAGAGAAACUGAGGUCUAAGGCACCACGAUUUAAUUUACACUCUAUUCACCAGGUUUGUCGAUACCUGUUUUAUCUUGGAAAGAUUCGGACAAUACAGUUGGAGUAUACUGAUGCUAAAGAGAGUCUCCUUCAAGCUGUUUGGAAAGCUCCUGUUGCAGCUUAUGGCUUUCGAAUUCAAUGUAAUAAAUGGAUUAUCAUUGUUCAUUUACUAUUGGGAGAAAUACCUGAGAGGACAAUUUUCACCCAGAGUGGAAUGGAGAGGGAUUUGAGGCCAUACUUCGAGCUUACAAAUGCUGUGCGAAUUGGUGACCUGAAGCUGUUUAGGAAUGUAGCAGAAAAGUUUGCUGGCAUUUUCAGUUCUGACAGAACCCAAAAUCUGAUUGUUCGCCUGCGACAUAAUGUCAUCAGGACAGGACUGUGCAAAAUCAGCAUCUCCUAUUCCUGCAUAUCACUCACUGAUGUUGCUGAAAAAUUGAAGCUGGACUCAGCAAACCCUGUCGCAGAUGUCGAAAGCAUUGCAGCGAAGGCCAUCCGUGAUGGUGCAAUUGAUGCUACGUUGGAUCAUGCAAAUGGCUGGUUGGUAUUGAAAACGACCGGAGACAUUUACUCUAUGACUGAGCCACGGGCUGCCUUCAGCUCUAGGAUUGGUUGCUGUCUUAACUUGCAUGAUGAAGCAGUCCGGACCUUGCGGUUCCCACCAAAGAGACAAGAUGAGUACUCGAGAGAAAGUCGAGUUUCUAAUGAAGAACUAGCAAGAGAAUACAUGGAUGAGGAGGAGACGUAUUUUUAG